GUGAUAUACCCGUAACAAGGAAGUGUAUAGUUAAAGGUGUACCGACAUAACAACAAAAAGGUGGCAGUUCACAGUUUGUAGACAAAGUAUUUCACCAAACGCACUAAAGUACCAACACCAUGGCAAGUAACAAAUCCGUACUGCGUGCCCAGGACCCCGUUACAUACACAUGUGCUUUGUGUGACAGUGAAGACGGGGUACGAUGGUAUUGCAACGACUGUCAGGAGAAUUUAUGUGAUCGUUGUAAGGAAUUCCAUAAACGCGGACGGAAAACAAAAAACGAUGACGUCGUGUCGAUCGGGGUGGCUAACCGCCAGUGCGACAAGCCUGUACCAGAGGUUUGUAAACUACACCCCGGUAAACUGUGUGAUCUUUUCUGUUCGGACUGCAACGAGUUGCUUUGUUCGAUGUGUUUAUCUGAAACUCAUAAACACCACAACUGGAAACAUUUUGAAGACGGAUUUUCUAUUAAAAGGCAACAUCUCAAAGAACAUAUGACAGCAAUUUCUGUUAAAAUAGACCAUUUCAAGAACGAGACAUCAGAGCGACAUCGUGUUAACGAAGGGUUCAACGACAACAUUGAUACAAUGAGGAAAGAGGUGAACUCUCAAAGGACGAAGUUAAAGGCAGAAGUAGAUUCUAUCGCUGAUGCAAUACUCGCUGAAUUAUCGGCUUUAGAAAAAGAAGAAUCAACCAUGCACAAGAAAGAUUGUCAAAGAUCAGAGAAAAAAGUCGAAGAACUGACGCGUCUGCUUGAACAAGCGGAAAUGACGAAUACAUCAAGUAUAUCCUUGUUUGAAACAGAAAGUUCAUUGAGGACAACUCUGCCCCUGUAUGACGUUAAUGUGAAAUAUGUCUCACCAAAACAACCAAGCUUUGUUACCGGAAGUAUCGACCGCGUCAUGUUGACGAAAAUGUUAGGUGAAUUACACCACGAGAACCAGUACGAGAAGACAGACAUCGACAGUAAACACGUUAAACGUCUCUCUAAGUUUACGGUUACUUCACAAAAUACAAUAUACGGUAUAUGUCCAGUCGACGACAGUCACGCGUGGUUAUCAAUACAUCAAUUCAAGAACCUGUUACUGGUCAACAGGGAGGGUGUGAUCAUAGAGACAGUAAAACUGGACUUCUGUCCACUCAGAAUCAUCAUGGUCGGGACCACAGACAUACUUAUUACCAGUAAUUCAGGUAGUACAUUUGUAUAUAAACUAUCACUACACAACAAACAAGUGACAACAUUUGCUGACAUUAAACCACAUGAAGCAUAUGACGUCAGUAUCAACGAGAGGGACGAGGUGUUUGUUAGUACAAACACACCAGACAUAGUGGUACUGAAUCAGUCAGGUACGAUUGUGAGGAAGGUCACGAUUAGAUCAGAAACAAUAAGGUACGUUGUCUGCUUGUCAUCUGGACGUCUGUGUGUAGUUCAAAACGUUGGAGAACGUUUUACUGAGAGGACGAUAAAGAUAACAGACGAGUCAGGUACCGUCAUACAGACGUGGACAGGUGAACUCGACAACGGUCUAAAGGUCGGUAGUAUGUACCUCCUUAAGAUGUCAUGUGAUAAGUUUGAUAGAGUUUUUGUACCAGACAUCCGUAACAAUCAGGUGUACGUCCUACCGAGUGACGGCAAACAAGCUGUGUGUCUCCUGGACCGGAGACACGGAGUGGUGAAACCUGCAGCGAUGGGUGUGGACACUUGUGGGAACGUGUGGAUCGGGUGUGUGGACGGUAGCGUACACGUGAUGGGACUGUAA